AUGAUAGCAUUGUUGUCUCGCAGAAAGAACAGAGAAACAGUUAGGAUAAGCUGGGGAGUUGUGAAGGUAGACAGAAAGGCUGAAAGUUUUGCCAGCAAACAGUCGUGUUUAACGAAACGAGCAGUGACGAAGCUUUGGUCUUUCGAUCGGUCGUAGCAAAAGUAGAAAAAGGAAAGAAAAGAACUGGCGAUUACGUGUCGUGUGUGUGAUGUUGUUGAUCCCAGUAUUCUGUAUUUAACAUUGCACGCCAUAGUGACCGAUCGUUGGCGUCUUUUUUCCCCCUUCAUUUCACAACCCUAAAAACGUUGUUAGUUCCUUUUUGGUUAGUUGGCUGUGUAUUUGCAGCUGUCGUAUUUUCCCACCUUCAAGACGAAGCCAAAAUUCUCUCAACAUCCUACGUCUUUUCAGUGGCUGAGAAAGAAAAACUGACUAAAUUUAUUUUAUCCUGCUAAAAAGAAGAAAAACAAAAUGGAAACAAGCCUUUGGGGUUUUGGUUUCAACACUGUUUGUCGUCUGCUGUCGCCUACGGAUGCUGUAGCUGCGAGAUGCCAUCAAACUAGUUGAUUACAGUAUUAUCAAACAUCAGUUAGCAACACACAGUGUUUCUCUCACUUUUUUGGGACAGUUUAACGAGAAAUCCCCUCCCUCUAAAGAAAAACUUUAAUAUCAUAUCAUGGCGUUCAUGUUGAAGAAGAAACGCUACAAAUUUCAAGUGGAAUUGUUUCUAGAAGAGCUAAACGCCGUCACUUUUCCAAGUGCCGUUCUCUUCGCCAAGUUGCGGCUGCUGGACGGCGGCAAUUUCUGCGAAAUCUCCUCCAGAGAGGAAGUCCAGCAGCACACUGUACGAUGGGGAGCCAAAUUCCCGUUUGUUUGCAAAAUGUCGGCAAAUGCAUCAACCGGCGUCCUGGAACCGUGCCUUCUACGGAUAUCCGUCCGCAAAGAAGUUAAAGGAGGUCGCUCUUACCAGAAAUUGGGGUUUGCCGACUUGAAUUUGGCUGAAUUUGCCGGAUCCGGUUCGACAUUAAGGCGAUGUCUCCUAGAAGGCUACAAUACGCGGCAUCGCCAGGAUAAUUCUAUCCUCAAAGUCACCAUCUUAAUGACGCUCUUGUCCGGCGAUCCCUGUUUUAAAGUGCCAACACCGCGACAGGUGUCCAUUCCAGUGGAUUCGCCAGUCAAUGGAUCGACCAUGGUGCCAUCUGGCGACUUUGUUUCGGAUGGAUUCGGACUAGUCGGUCCUUUAACUGGACCCUCUUCUAAUAAAUCCAGAUUAGCUUCUUCAAGUAUAGGUGGCGGUGCAGAGACUCCAGAACCGGACGAGAUCUCUGGUGGUGGUAGUAGCACACAUGAUGUAUAUUCCGAUGUCAUGGGCGGCCUGAUGGGCAUGCAGCUUGCCCAGCAUCGAGAUGAGGUGACCGUCGGCUCGACGUUACCGACAUCCGCAGUGUUGGCCGAACUGCUUCCGGGUCACUCUAGGAAUUCUUCCGGCACCAGUCAUUCAGGAGGCUCCGCCUCUGGUUACGGCUCGCUGGCCAGUCAAUCCCAACACAGCCGGCAAUCCAGUUCAGGCGAGCUGGGCCAUUUUAGAUUUCCUUCGUGGCCUGUCUGGUCUCCGCGCCUCUCUGCGCUUCGUCUAUCAAAGCGCGGUGGCCCUGGCCAUCAGCCUCUCCCCAUUAUUGCACCGCCCGUCUCGCUGGUGUCAGCCGAAGAGUUGGCUUGUAACAUAUCUUCCGGCAUUGGCGGCGGUGACGGUGGUGGACCGGAAACAAUAACGAUCCGUUGCCAAUCUUGCAGUCAUACAAGCCCAGUACCCAGACCUCAUACUAAUUGGCGGCCCAUCAGUCCGUUGGCUAUUAACCGGCCACAGCCGCUCGGUUUAACGGCUUUAAAACUUCCUUCACCCGACGUUCCGCUCCGUUCACUCGUACCGCCAGCCACUGUUGCCGCCGUCGCUGCCAUCGUUAUUCCAUUCUCGCAUGAAAGUAGUCUGGGACAUUCCAGGAAUCCGAGCAACGGUUCGGGAUUCAGCGAUACGGGCUCGAUGGAACGUCCGAAAAUAGUUAGCAAUUCCAUUGGCGUCGCUGGAGCACCAUCUGUCGGCUCGACGUCUUCUUCUUCGGCGAGUGCAAGUAACACGAACACGUCAACCUCUUCCGCUUCCAGCACAGGCACCGCAGACAAGCGCAAAAAAUUGGAAGAGCAAAGCAAAGAAUCGAGGAUCGAUGCCAAGCAGGUGAUUGAUGACCUCAUCAAAUCUGCUAAUCUGGAACACGAUGUUCACGCUGAAGUGUCCGGAUUGCAAUUAAAAGAUAUCACCAAAAACGCACAAUCGAACCAGUGGGAUCAUGGUGGUAAAGGCAAAGUUUAUGGCGGGAUAUGGUGAUGUGUUUGAACAGCGCAAAGUAAAUGAAAUCAUUGCGUGAGCAUUAGGAAAAACAAACUGGUCAUAUCCAC